UAGGUUGACUUAAUGGGUCAGGGAGGAGGAGGGAGGAGGCAGGCCAUCCGCUAUCGCCCGCCUAUCGAAUCCAUCUCUGGCUCUGCGCUGUUCGAAUAACUCCAAAUAUCAAUCCUCACCGCUGUUCGCCAAACCAAACCCUAAUUUCUGCGUUUCACACUCGGUGGCCGUGAGUAAAGCGUCUCUAACUCUUAAACCACGCCAGAAGCAAAUCAAAACAACACCAUCAUCACCUCUCCACGCCGGUCUCCGGAGAGACAGAGAGAGAGAGUCCCGAUUCAAUUUGGAAAUCAUGGAAUAAGUUCUAGUACUCGUGAAAAAAUCAGAACUUGGUCGCCAAAGACACCUGCUUUCUUCUUGAAAAGCUCAGCAUAGAACUGAUUGGGGAGUAUCUGCAAGUACACUGAGGCAGCAUCUUAGAAUAAUUGAAGAUGAUCCUGCCUAUUGCUUGAAUGCAGGUGAGUAACUCACGAGUGUGGUGCUUUCUGCAAGAAAGCAUGGGAAGCACUUUUAAUCCUCAAAUUUUGGUCGACAAGCUGUCAAAACUCAACAGCUCACAACAAAGCAUUGAGACUUUAUCUCAUUGGUGCAUUUUUCACAUGAACAAAGCAAAGCAAGUUGUAGAAACAUGGGAUAGACAGUUUUAUUGUGCCCCUCGUGAGCAAAGGUUGGCUUUUCUGUAUCUUGCAAAUGACAUUCUCCAGAACAGUAGGAGAAAAGGUGCAGAAUUUGUUGCAGAGUUUUGGAAGGUUCUUCCAGAUUCAUUGCGUGAUGUAAUUGAAAAUGGUGACGGUUUUGGAAGGAAUGCUGCUUUGCGCUUGAUUAAUAUAUGGGAAGAACGAAAAGUAUUUGGCUCAAGGGGCCAAAUUCUUAAGGAAGAGUUUGUAAAAAAACAACUGGACAAUGGCAAUAAAAACUGGAAGCGUGACGGACCUAAGCUGCAGCGGUCUCCUGGUGGCAUUGCAAUUGACAAAUUAAUUUCUGGUUAUGAAGCUGUCUAUGGCAAUCAAGUUGAGGAGGAUUCCUUAUUUAACAAAUGUACAGAUGUCAUCUCCUUUUUAGAGAAAGUGGACAAAGAUAUUGGGGGUGAUUAUAGAUUAGAAGAGUUGAAGGAGCGGCAUGCAGUACUGAGAGAUUGCAUUGAACAACUUGCAGUUGUUGAAUCUUCUAGAGCCAACCUUGUAUUACUUUUGCGGGAGGCUCUGCAGGAGCAGGAAUAUAAACUGGGUCAGGUCCGAGAUCAACUUCAGGCAGCACAGACGCAGUCAGAACAUGAUGUUUCCAGGCAGCUUCUAGGUGGCAGUGACAGUAGGCAAGUUCAUGGGGAAGACAGUGGAGCUGGGAAUCGGUCAGCUCUCAUGUCAGACAACUUCAUAUCUGGAGCAGGUGAGCAGACAACACCAGUGAUCUACACACGGCAAGAAUCUGGACACAUUGAAGAGGAUCCAAAAUCAGCUGCUGCUGCAAUGGCAGCAAAACUUGCUGCUUCAGCAUCUUCAGCUCAAAUGCUUACGUUUGUGCUUUCUUCUCUUGCAUCAGAAGGAGUGAUUGGCAAGAAUCCAUCUAUAAAAGAGCCGCCCAAUGAAUAUUCCUCAGAGAAGCGUGCUAAGAUUGAGAGUGAACACCCUUCCUACAUGCCUCCUCAAAUCACCCAGGCACCAGUCCAACCCACACAGACAGUUGCAUCUCAGGAGUUAAAUCCCAGUGAGCCGAAUCCUGGCCCCCACCUAUCAUCCCCCCCUCCAAAUAAUUUGCAGCCUCUGCAGCCGCCCAUGCUACAAUAUCCAAUGCCCCCCCAGUAUUUGCAAGCAGCCAUGCCAUUGCUAAGUGGAGGACCGUAUGGCUAUGGCAUGAGCCAGCAAAUGCCAGCUCCCCCUCAUGGUAAUUAUGUGUCAGUUGGGCAUCUACCAGCUGUUGCUGCUGCUGAAUUUUCUCCUCCGUCAAAUGGCAGUUAUCCCCAGCUACCACCCCCGCCACCAGAGGAUGGUCUCUAUUGUCAACCAUCAUCCAUGCCAAUGGCCCCCGCAAACAACCAGUAGGUGUUGCUAAUAUUGGCCUUUCCCUAUGGGGAUUGCAAGCAGUUUUAGAGAAUGUGUUUUGGACUGUGUAGAUAACUGAGAAACUUAGCUAAUUUAAUGACAUUUGUGGAGGGGGGUUAGGUUUAGAUGGUGUUAGUUUGUUGAGGAGUUAAAAAAGAAGUGUAUUUGUUUGUGUACUGGUUGAUAAUAUAAUGGAUGUAAAGGGUGAUGGUGAUGGUGAUGGUGAUGGUGACGGUGACGACGGUGACGGUAGAGUUGAAGAAGGAUGGGAGAGAAAUUUGCCGGUUAUAAAUUGGAAUCCAGAUGCAAGCGUUAGCGGAGCCGCUUGCAUGUUGUAUUUUAUUGUUGUGUUGUAUUUAUUCUAUCGUGGUAGUUUGAUGCUGGUUUCCAGUGAGCCCAGCAAGCAAACUAAUAUAUAUAUAUAUAUAGUACAUUCAAUAUAUAAUUUUUAAUUAAGUCAUUACACAUUUGAAA